AUGCUCGCAGGGUGCAACAAUGUCCACCAUCUCGCUGAAUUGAUUAUCGUGGCAAGUACUACCAAGGACGAUGGGUCGCAGCACUCGCCACAGCUCUGGGAAGACCAUGUCAACUGGUCUGAUAUCCAAGACGCUGUGGGGAAGUUUCAAGAGCUGCGUGUGCUACGUUUCCUCAGCGAAACAGUGGCCUAUGAUUCGGGUGGUGGUGACAAAGUGCUGGAGGUGCUAGAGGAGGAAAUGAUUCCGUACAUUGAACAAAAUCUCAAAGGGUGUCUUGCCCAGGACGCGUCUCUUCUGUUUGAGGUUGAGGGUAUUGAAUAG